AUGCCAAGUCCACAUCGCACACAAUCUGGACGUCGUGGGAGUUUGGGUCGAGCCAAUUGCACAAGUGCAGAAGAUUCAUGUGUCUUUGUGGACAAAUUGAUUCGUGGUGUCCAACUACGGUUACAUAAAGAACUGGGGUUUCGUGAAGUAGUCGUAGCUACAGGACAAGAAGCUUCUGAUAUUGACACAGAUUCAAGUGGUGCACACAAUUCGGUCGAGUCACCUGGUGUGGCAGACACACAACAACCCUGGGAAGUUUACAAUAAAGCUAUUGAUCGACAGAGCUUAGACGCUUCACAAUGUAGUGAAUGUAUUCAAGGCACUGUUUAUGUAUCAGAUGGAUACGAAAAGAAACAGAGACUAUUGGUUAUUGUACCAUACAGAGAAGCAGGUAUUUGGAGUCGAAGUAUCUGUAUGAAUCAAUUUGACAGUGACAGUGACAGUGGUUCGAUGAUGUCGUACUUAAAAAAAGCACUUAAUGAGAACUAUGGAGUCGUGAUUUUCAAUCCAGCCGCACAAAGUUGUCAUCCACGUGCUCAUGUGGAGAAUGCAUGGGAUCAAUUGAUUGCACCAUUAUUAAGUGACGUUUUUAUCGUUGCUUUCUCACGUGGCGCGCAGAUGGUUCUUCAUUUACUCAAUUAUGACAAUGGAUUAGGUGUUAUACAGGAUCGAGUGAAAGCUCUAGCAUUAGUGGAACCCUCACAUUAUGUCAGUGAAAGUGAUUCGUACUUUGCACGAAGAGUUUUAGCUCGACGUGCAGUCGCCUGGAUUCUGAAUUCGGAAAUUGAUGUGGGCUACAAAAUUCCACAAGGACAUACUCGUCAUGGCUGUAUUUGUGUAUCAGCAGGUACAGUACCGUCCAAUGUUUUGGGCAGUAGUGGUGCUUAUGCACUGGAGAUGGUCAAGAGUUCAGUAUUUGGAUCCUUUGCAGCUAGAGGAGGUGAGGCGGCAGGAAUCACUGUGAAUGCAAACAAGAUUAAUGCCUGUGGCAUUUGUCAUCGUAAAUUGACGAUGUUGAAUCGACGGAUCCCGUGCUCCUGGUGUGAAGUCAAGUACUGUAGUCACUGCUGUGAAGACAAAUUUGUACCGGCUUUUGGUAGCUGGCGUGUCUGCUCAUUGUGCCAGUCACUACCGUGCUUGAUUGACCCACGUCGUAAGAAUCGCAGUGCGAAAAACCACACGAGUCCAACAGCUGCUGCACAUGAACGCUGCAGUGUUUUUAUUCGUCCUAUGGCGGAUGAUGAUGGUCCUGUGUGUUUGGGAGACUUUGAAAUUGUCAAACUCGUAGGGCGUGGUGCAUGUGGCCGUGUCAAGCUUGUGCGUAAGAAACACGGCUACGAUGAAGGUGUGUUUUACGCUAUGAAGGCUAUUCGCAAGAAACUUGUGAUUCAGCGUGGCCUCGUAGAAGCGACAAACGCCGAGCGGCGCAUUCUUGAUCGAAUCAAACAUCCGUAUGUGGCUACUCUGUGUUAUGCCUUCCAAACGGAGGCGAAGCUGUAUCUGCUGUCGAAGUAUUAUCCCGGUGGCAAUUUGCUGGACCAGAUGCGGCUAGCACGAAGGUUUCAAGAAGAUCGUACGAAAUUGUAUACUGCCGAGGUGGCGCUUGCUAUCCGUCACUUGCAUCAGAAUGAUAUUAUUUAUCGCGACCUGAAGCUGGAGAAUGUGCUGGUGGACUCCGACGGUCAUGUGGCGCUCACGGAUUUUGGAAUGUCUAAAGAGAAUAUGCCUAGCCACGGUCGUACGUCUACGUUCGUUGGUACGUACCAGAUGAUGGCACCUGAGGUGUUCGGCGGCAAGUCGUACUCGCGUGCGGUGGACUGGUGGGCUCUUGGUGUAAUGGUAUAUGAAAUGAUCGAUGGUCGUACGCCAUUCAACGCCAAGACUAACCGUCUCAUUAAGGAGCGAAUUGUAAACGUGGAUUUGAAAUUCUCGCCUCGUUUCAAUGAAGAUGCGAAGGAUUUUGUAUUCAAGUUGCUGACCAAGAACGAAAACGACCGUUUGGGCUCGGGUGAGCAUGGUUUUGAGCAAAUUAAGCACCACCCGUGGUUCAAUGGACUCGACUGGGACAGUGUGGAGCGUAAGGAAGCGCUGUUUGAGGGUCAGUAUGCUCUCAUGGAAAAGCACGCCAAGGAGUACCGUACUGAGGAUAUCUUUGAGACGUACAUGAACACGGUGGAGGUCCCCAUUGACACACCUGCGUCGGUGAAGAACUCGAGUAAUGAGCUGUUCAACGAUUUUGCUUUCAACUAUAUGGACGGACCUGAUGAGGAGCAGCGAGAUAUUCCAGAGCCGGAUGGGAAGAGCAGUCGUAAAAAUCUAUUGUCGCCCAUGUCUGCCACCGAGAGCAUUACUGAACGAUCUUCGAAGCCUAAACCUCUCACUGAGAAGGAAGACGAGAUGUUGGAUACAUUCUUGUCUUCAAAUGGGUCGCAUUUUGAUCUUACUCAGCUGCGGCCAAACCAGGCCACAGACUUUGGUGUGUCUGUGUCUGUCUGCUCGUCGCUGAGCUGGACAGGAACUGACGAUGAGACUGUCGAGCCUGUCGAGCAGAUAGAUGGCGUGCUGGAGACGACAAAAGUGGAUGAGGAAAAAGUAGUGGUGAUCAACAAAAAGAACUCGCCGAGCCUCACCAAGACGCAGCCAAUGUCUACCACAAGCAACGACGACUCGCAGUCGACGAAGACCGGCAGCAACUCGGAUGUUGCUGCCGCAACAGAAGUCGCACAAGCCUCGUGA